GCUGCCUCCCAGACACGAGCUCUGACACAACGCCCAUCGCCAAGAGCCCAGAGCGGAUCCCGGCUUCCCCUGGCUGCACCUUGUUGUAGAGAUCGCCUGGAAAAAAAAAAAGCUAGAGGCGUGCGAAGCGGCUUGGCGGGCAGUGACUCCGACUGUGAAAGAGAGAGUUCACUAAGAGACUGGUGGUGUGUGCGUGUGUGUGUGUGUGCGUGCGUGCGUGUGUGUGUGUGUGUGUGUGUGUGUGUGUGGCGCCUGCCCAGGGGAUAUGGACUCCGAUGCCAGUCUGGUGUCCAGCCGCCCGUCCUCACCGGAGACGGAUGACAUCUUCCUUACAGCCCGAAGCAAGGGUAGCAGCGGCGGCGGUGGCGGUGGCUUCACCGGGGGCACGGUCUCCUCUUCUACACCAAACGACUGCCAGCCAGAGCUAAGCGCGGAGCUUCGAAACGCCAUGGGCGCGGCGGGCGUGCACCCUGGGGACAAGCUGGGCGGCGGCUGCUUUAAGUCUUCGUCCUCCACCACCUCAUCUUCCUCUUCCACCUCCUCGUCUUCCUCCGUGGCCUCUUCUACCAAGAAGGACAAGAAGCAGAUGACAGAGCCGGAGCUACAGCAGCUUCGGCUCAAGAUCAACAGCCGCGAGCGCAAGCGGAUGCACGACCUCAACAUCGCCAUGGACGGGCUUCGUGAAGUCAUGCCGUACGCGCACGGGCCCUCGGUGCGCAAGCUCUCCAAGAUCGCUACUCUUCUUCUGGCCCGCAACUACAUCCUCAUGCUUACCAACUCCUUAGAGGAAAUGAAACGGCUGGUCAGCGAGAUCUACGGCGGCCACCACGCUGGUUUCCACCCCUCAGCCUGCGGGAGCCUGGCACAUUCGGCACCUCUGCAGGCGGCCGCUGCGCACCCAGCGGCGGCGGCGGCGCACGCCUCCCACCACCCCGCAGUGCAUCACCCAAUAUUGCCACCCGCUGCGGCGGCAGCAGCCGCAGCUGCAGCAGCAGCCGCGGUCUCCAGCGCCUCCCUUCCAGGCUCUGGCCUCUCAGCGGUUAGCUCCAUCCGACCCCCGCAUGGUUUGCUCAAGUCGCCCUCGGCGUCCGUGGCCACCCCGUUGGGUAGUGGAGGAGGAGGCGGUGGCAGCUUCCAGCACUGGGGUGGGAUGCCCUGCCCGUGUAGCAUGUGUCAAGUGCCACCACCUCACCACCACAUUUCCUCCAUGAGCACGACCAGCCUCCCCAGACUCACUUCCGACGCCAAAUGAGCUCAGCCAGAGCCAACCGAGGCUUUGGAAAGGGCCCUAGGUGGGGAUAGAGAGGGCAAGGAGCAGAACUAGCUCCAGCUGUGGAACAUUUUCCUGGAGAAAAGGGGAGAGAGGAAAGGAUGGAGAACCCUAGACUGUGACUCUCCAAGGGACCGAAGAAACAGAGGCCCCAGUUGCAGGGGUCGGUGACCUUUCCCCUGUGGCCUCUGCCAGCCCUCCCGGACCUACAAAUAAAAACAAAACACUCGUUUGAUAAAGCAAUUUGAAGAAGGCACCCGCAACUUCCACUUCUACGUUCCCCUUCUUUUCCCCAGGCAAGACACUGUUUCUUCACUGCUGGUUGAAGUAGAGCAGGAUCUGACAACACUUGCACCAAUUUUUUAUUUACUUCUCUCCCUCCCCCAGUUUCUCCUUCCUAUGGCUCAUUAGGUCAGAGACCCAGGAAAAGUGAGCCCGAGACGGGCUGAGAUCUGGUUGCAACAGGCAGACUCGGACACACGCACCCCAUACAAGUUCUCUUAUUCUCCUCCUUGUAAAGGAGAAGUUGGAAGACGGUAUUCUGUACAGCGCAUACUUGCUUUUUUCCAUUUUCAGUAACUGUAUACACCCACAACUCACCGCGAAUUAUGGCAAUUGUUUUUGUUAUCGUUGUUUUGUUUUGUUUUACCCAGUGUUGUUCUUUUUGUUCAUUUGAGUUUUUGUUAUUGUCGUUGCCUUUUUAAAAAGGGAAUUUUCUUUUUCGAAAGAGGAGAGACUUGGUAGGCAAAGUGAGAAUGGAUGCUCUUGAACUGGAGUAACCAAAACGGCUGAUGCCUUUUUGGUGGUGUUCUUAGUUAUAUACAUAUACAUACAUACAUACAUAUAUAUAUAUAUAUAUAUAUGUAUAUUUUUAAAGGCAUUUUACUCCUCUCAUCCUACCUUUUCUGUUGCAGAUCACAAAAUGUGAAGGUGGUUUGGUUUCUUGGUUUCCUGAAAUUCGAUAUCCGGUAGUUUGAAAGAACUAAAAAAAUUGUUGCUGUAAAAUGUAGUCUGAGUGAUUUUUGUUUGUUUUGGUUUUUUUUUUAAAGUUUCUCUUGUGAAGUUGUAAAUAUAAUGGCAGAUGAUGAAAUGUGUUCCUUUUGCUGGAGCUUUCUGUUUGUAUACAUGUGCUGUAUGAGGCUCGUCGAUGUCUUAAGGUUUUCUUUAUUAAUGUUUUCUUGAGGCCACAUUUAACAAAGUUAAGACAAACCUUCAGUGUGCUUUCUAUGUCAAAACAGAACAGAACAGAACUCCACAUUACAUUGCUGUAAUACUUAGUGCUGAGCUUCUUAGCAUCUGCAAUAUAACACCACUUUUCUUAUCGCUGCUCCCUGCAGAGAUUUUAUCAUCUGUUUUAUUUUUGUAAAAAAAAAAUGCUAAAUAAUAUUUAUUACUUGUUUGGUUGCAAAAACAAAAUAAAUGAUCAACUGUUGAAAUUUUAAAUAAAAAAUACAUUUUAAGUAAGUGGCAGGUUUUCCCCCUCUGUUUGUAAUAUGAGAAAGUCUUGGGAACUUAUUGCACUGAAGUACAGACUUUAAGCAGGGAAGGAGAAAGGCACCUGAAAGCCCAGGAUCACUGAGAACUUCUUCCCUGGAACUGCCCAAAUCUGUCCAACAUCCCUCACAUUUUGGGAAGAUAUAGUGAAGACAUUUCUUCUCCAGAUUAGAUUUAGAAUGAAAAGGAUCACAAAUGAGUUUAUGCUUCUUCUAACUUCAGUGACAAAACUAGUUGACCAGGUUUAUUGUUAGGGGGUUGAGGGGCAGGGGAGGUGUUCAGUCCAAGUGGCUUAAAUUUUU